AUAACAUCGAUAAAAUCUUAGUGAUUAAUCUUAAAAGACCCUCUCUUUUUUUUUUUAUAUGGGGUCAGGCAUAUAUAAUGACUCUGUGGCUUCAAGAUCUUAGCCAAACUCUUCAAAAGAUUUCACAGAAAUGGAUUCCAAGCAUCAAAGAUGCGUAUGUGACAUUAACCAUUUAUCUCGAACCAAAAGUUCAAUAUUUAACCGAUAAGUCCAUGGAGGUGUUACAUACGUGUAAGGAGGCAUUGACCCCACAUCUCAUCCAAUCAUUUGACGUUUCAUACUACUAUCUUGAGGUAAGCCGAGUUAUGACCAUAGGGAAACCACACUUUGAGAAAGUACAAGUUGCCUUAGAGGCAUAUACUGAAAAUGUAAGACAUGGCUUCGAGAAGUUGGUUAACUCGACAAAAAUCUUUGGGAGGACGAAAUAAGAAGAGUUUCGCACGGAGCACUCAGCAGUGGGUUGGGUUUUUCUGUCAAGACUAAAGAAACAAAUUAACUUUCAUUGAAAUUUGUUUUCAUUACAACUCAAGGCAUGUGUCUACUAUGAUCUUUAAUCAAAAAGUUCAACACCAAAGAGCUCUGUCUUCUCCUAUAUAAGAGAGAACUUCCUUUUGGCUACCCAAUCAAUCGAAUCGUUUAUGGCUCAUACUCUUGGGUAAUAGUGAAGGCAUAUGAUUAUUAUUAAGCUUACUUUUAGCAUACUCUUGGGAAGAUUGUGUUUUCUAAACAUGCCAAAGGAUGAGAUAUGAGUAUUUUGAUUUAUUAUUUAUCAACUAAAUAAUUCAGUUUCAGAUUCCAAACAAUCCCAUGGUUACAUCACCUACAAGGUACUCUACAUUUUCUAAUUAUAUCCGCUGUUACUAAUCAAUCACGAGGUGAAACUGUUCACUCCAUGCCAUCACCACAACUUUCAAUCUCCACAAAUGUUACCUACCAUCAAUCACAUUCACACAACAACAACAAUCGUCAGCAACAAAAACCACAUAUCCGCAAUAAUCAAUGUUGGCAAACCAACCCGUCCAAUCAGCCUAACCACUUAAACAAUAGACAGUCACAUAUCUACUUUGGUCAUUACCAAAGUUUUACUGUUCAUGGGCACAAUGCGAGGAGGUGUACGACACUUUAUGCCAUAACAUAACCUGCCAAUUCCAAUCAUGUUAGUCCUUUUGUGCCUUGGUAGACUCGUGCUGACAUUGUUGUUGCAUCUUACUAUAAUGCAAAAAAACCGGUUCCUAGACAGUGGAGCAACACAUCAUAUCACCAAUAAGCUCAGCAACCUCUCAAUUCACCAACCAUACAAUAGUGGAGAUGAUUCUCUAACCAUUUCAAUACGAGUUCCACUCUCUUACCGUUUGAUUCUUAUAACCUAGCACUUAAAAAAGUGUUUUACGCGCCUGACAUUAGCAAGAAUUUGAUAUUUAUAUACCGAUUUCGUACUAAUUCAUAUCUCCGCCUUCGUUGAACUCAAAUUCUCUCUCAACUUUCCGAAAGCCCACUAGCCAAGCCCAACUCUCAAAUACUAUGUUAAGUUUUUAAAUUAUCAUAUUUUAGUAUUGUUUACAAUUUCAUAAUAAAAAUAGCCAUAAAUCUUUUGUAAGUUUCCAACUCUUUAGU